AUGUCAAGAGAAACACACAUAGCAAAAGUUAAAAAGUUCUGCCACAUUGACGAAAAGACUGCAUGUCAAGACUAUCUUAACAAUGUUUUCAUUGAUUAUGCUUCUGUCGAAUCUAUAUAUAGGACAGAAGAGGAAAGACUUAAAAAUUAUGGACGAUGUCAAGAAUGUGGCAAUAUAAGAGAAUGUAUUGAAGGUGCAUAUGAUAAAUGGUGCAAUACUUGUAAUGCCGCUCGUUUUCGACAACUCUUUUCUACAUGGACAUCAGGUAAUGUAGAGAUUGAUUACUUCAUUCAACACGCACAAGCUUAUGCAUGGGAUUUUAGGUUAGCCUUGGAAUGGUAUCCAUGGGAAAUGUUUUCUGAGAUUGAAAUGAUAGGUAAAGGUGGUUAUGGAACUGUUUUUCGAGCUAAAACAAAGAUACAAAAAAUUUGGUAUUGGGAUCAGAAAAAUAAUGAUUGGCAUCCCAAGAGGCUACAGCGAUGGGCUUAUCGAGAUCCCAUCAAUACAGUUACACUUUAUGGAUUUACUAAAAACGAAACUACAGGACAAUAUUUCCAUGUUAUGAGAUAUUUUAAAGGAGAUUUACGCAAUCGAUUGAAAUUAAAUGAAGAAAAUAAAUUGGCUACCAUGAAUUUUGAAGAUUUCAAGCUUCCUAAUGAUUUUGAUUGA